UUCAAGACCGGUAUUUGGCAAUGCGGAAAGCACUGAAUCUUUUUCAUAUGUUUCUUUUCGCAGCUGCUGUUUCGAUCCCGAUUCUGUGAAAGAAGAUCUAUCGAGAAGACUUGUGAACUGACGUUGUUGAAGCUCCGGUAUCACUGCGAAUUCCGGGUUUUUGUUACGCUGGUCGCGAUGGAUAACGAUGGACCCAGAGGCCGACCCAGCGCUAUCUUCAUCCUUAUUUCUCUCAGUCAAUCGCCUUCUGCUGUUAUCAUCUCCUCUUAUCUGCUUCUUGUUAUCGUCCCAGACUCGUGUAACAUCGUUCGACCGCCUCCGUAGAAGCGCCGUCCACCUAUUUCUUCGCUUCGCCAAUAUAGACGGGCCGUCCAUAUUUCCUUUUAUCGCCUGA